AUGGUUUCACGCUCACGUGUGCACGCUGUUUAUGGAUCUGAUGGUUUCACGCUCACGUGUAAGCGCACGCUGUUUGUGGAUCUGAUGGUUUCACGCUCACGUCCCAGUGUCUGCGGCGUCCACCUGGGCCGCUCUUCCCUGUGGCUGGUGCGGUCGCACCGAGUCCUCACGGCGUACACGUCCACCCUGACACUUCUGUGGCUCGUUCUCGUGCCAGGCUCGGCGGCCCUGGGGGUGCCCUUGCUCGGGGCCCUUGGGGUCAAGCUUGGACUCGGCCCCUGCCGCUCCCACACCCGCUGCACCCACACCCGGGCUGCCUGUCCGCCCAGCUCCAGCCACGCCCAGCGCUGCCAGGCAACACACUCCUGGGAGCUGGACCGCGCAGAGAUCGCCAGGGCGACCAGGGGCCUCACAGGAGGAGCGGGGGAGCGGUGCCACCUCCCCCCGGCCCCCCCCGGCCCGGCCCUCGGGAGGCGCCUGCGCCCUGCACCCCCAGGGGCCUCGCAGGAGGAGCAGGGGAGCGGUGCCACCUCCCCCCGGCCCCCCCUCCCCCCGGCCUGGCCCUCAGGAGGCGCCUGCGCCCUGCACCCCCAGGGGCCUCGCAGGAGGAUAGGCCCUGGGGCCACUGCCUGGUGCCGCCUGGCCUGCAAGCAGCCUGCUUGGAGCCCGGCUUCCUCCCUCACAGGCCGGCCUGGGUCUCUCCCGGCACAGGACUGCAUCAAGCCCGUGAAGGUGGAUAAGAAGCCGGGAAGUGGCGUGGCUAAGAUCCACAUUGAGGACGACGGAAGUUACUUCCAAGUGCAUGCUGAUGGUGGGACCCAGAAGCUGGAGAGAGCCAAGGUCUCGCUCAAUGACUGCCUGGCGUGCAGCGGCUGCGUCACUUCCGCAGAGACCGUCCUCAUCACCCAGCAGAGCCACGAGGAGCUGCGGAAAGUUCUGGAUGCUAAUAAGACAGCAGCGCCCGGUGAGCAGCGGCUGGUGGUGGUGUCAGUCUCUCCUCAGUCCACGGCGUCCCUGGCAGUGAGGUUUCAGCUGGAUCCCACAGACACUGCCAGGAAAUUAACUUCGUUCUUUAAGAAAUUAGGGGUGCACUACGUAUUCGACACCGCCUUCUCCAGGAACUUCAGCCUCCUGGAGAGCCAGCGAGAGUUUGUGCGGCGAUUCCGACGCCAGGUUGACUCCAAAGAGGCCUUGCCCGUGCUGGCUUCUGCCUGCCCAGGUUGGAUCUGCUACGCCGAGAAGACGCACGGCAGCCUCGUCCUCCCCUACCUUAGCACGGUGCGCUCUCCCCAGCAGGUCAUGGGCGCCCUGGUCAAGGACUUCUUCACGCAGCAGCAGCACCUGACCCCGGACAAGGUCUACCACGUCACGGUGAUGCCCUGCUAUGACAAAAAGCUGGAAGCAUCUAGACCCGACUUCCUCAGCCGGGAGCACCCGGCUCGGGAGGUGGACUGCGUGCUCACCACAGGGGAAGUCUUCCAGCUGCUGGAGGAAGAGGGGGUCUCGCUCUUGGAGCUGGAGCCGGCCGCUCUGGACAGCCUGACCGGCAGCACGUGUGAAGAGCCCACCAGCCACCGGGGCGGGGGGUCCGGAGGGUACCUGGAGCACGUGUUCCGCUAUGCGGCCCAAGAGCUCUUUGGGAUCCACGUGGACGAGGUCACCUACAGACCCCUGAGGAACAAGGACUUCCAGGAGGUGGCCCUGGAGAGGGAGGGCCACGUGCUGCUGCACUUCGCCACGGCCUAUGGCUUUCGCAACAUCCAGAACCUCGUACAGAAGCUGAAGCGGGGCCGCUGCCCCUACCACUACGUGGAGAUCAUGGCCUGCCCGUCAGGUUGCUUGAACGGCGGGGGCCAGCUCAAGGCUGCGGACACGCCCAGCAAGCAGCUUCUCCUGCAGGUGGAGAGAAAGUACAGCAUGGUCAGGACACGGGCGCCAGAGGACAUACCUGAAGUCCAGGAGUUGUACCAGCGCUGGCUGCAGGGUGAGGGCUCGGAGCUGGCUGGCCGCCUGCUGCACACCCAGUACCACGCGGUGGAGAGGCCCAGCUCAGGCCUCAGCAUCCGGUGGUAGGCUGCUUCCGGUCGGCGAGGCCAUACACGCUCAGCCGCGGGGGCCUUCUCCAAAACUCAGUGAGCUGCAGGACCGUGCUGGGCCCCAGUGGCGCUCACCAGGGGCCACCUCACAUGGACGGCCCGCACACACAGCCCGUGCACGGAUAGCCUCGCACGGAUGGUCCACACACACAGCCCAUGCCUCCGGACUGGCCCUGCUGGGAUGGGGCAGCCAGAGAGAGCUUCCAGAACCUCCUUCUCUGGCCAGAACUGACUUGCAAGGGCACCGACGCCCCAUUCCUGGCUGUGAUGACCCCCUCCUGGUGAACCCCAUUCCUGCUCUCCAGGGUCAACCCUGAAGCCAGUGCAGAGGGCCACAGGGCUGGACUGCCCCACAUGGGGCCUGGAAGGGAGGGGUGCCUGGCGCCCUCAAACCAGGUGUGUGUGAGGAAGAUGGGGGCUGGGCUGUCCCCAGUCUGGCCCUCACCUGGUCCGGCCUUGUCCUAAUAAACAGAUGGCGUUUGGCACAUCACUGAA